AAAUGAAUAUUUUGGAAAUUGUCGUAUUUAAAAUUUAAAAAGCCUUUGGAAUCGUAGUUCCUAGCAAUUUAGCAUUAAAGUAUAGAAUUUUUUUAUUUUUUCAAGCGCGGGAAUUUUGCAAUUAUUAUGAAAUGAUUCGAUUUAUUUUUGCCCUGAUCAAUUGUGAACUGCUGUUGAUGUAACUGAACAACAACAAAAGAGCAUUGAAGGAGUGUUAUUGUGAAAUUAAUUUCCACAGCAAUAGAUUUGUGAAGGAAUGGAUUCCGAAGGCAAGAAACCCAGUCUCACUCAAAUAAAAGUUGAAAGCGCAAUCCCCAAAAUUCGGCAAGAAAAACUGAAAUGGAAUGGCUGGGGUUACAAAGAUGCAGGGUUCUUCAUCAGCGACAACUUGGAAGAUACACACUUUGAAGGAGACGGGUAUCCCUUGGAUGGAGAGUAUUUGCCAACUUUUAUGCGCUAUGCAGAAGAAAGACUCGGCAUUGACAAAAACGCUGGACUGGUGAAGCCUGUGGCCCUCCCUUCUGAAGACCAGUAUCCGAUUUCAAAGGCAUCUGAAGAGCUCAAGAAGGAUUUAACGGAUCGGAAGAUUUCAUUUUCCGUCCGAGGGGAAGACAGGUUGAUCAGAUCACAUGGUCACACCCUGAGGGAAAUUUAUGCCUUGAGAAACGGUCAGAUCAAACGGAUUCCGGACAUCGUUGUUUGGCCAGAAUGUCACCAAAACGUGGUGGACUUGGUGAAACUGGCGGACGAACGGAACGUGGUCAUCAUCCCGUUCGGCGGCGGAACAAGCGUCACUUUGGCAGUAGAAUGUCCAGAACAUGAACAACGUCCGAUUCUUUCUUUGGACACUUCUCAGAUGAACAAGAUCCUGUGGAUUGACCGAGAAAAUCUCGUGGCCCGAUUCGAAAGUGGAAUCAUAGGUCAGGACUUGGAGCGGGAAAUGAACAAGUUGGGCUACACUGUUGGACACGAACCUGAUUCUCUGGAAUUUUCCAGCUUGGGAGGUUGGGUAGCAACAAGGGCUUCGGGAAUGAAGAAAAGCGUCUACGGAAACAUAGAGGACUUGAUCGUACACUUCACUGCAGUUACGCCGAAGGGAGUCGUGUCAAAGUCCUGCUCAGUUCCUCGGAUUUCAUCCGGACCAGAUUUGCACCAAUUCUUUCUGGGUUCCGAAGGAACUCUUGGUGUUAUAACGGAAGUCACCCUGAAAAUCCGCCCAUUGCCGGCUGUUAAAAAAUUCGGUUCCUUGGCGUUCCCCAGCAUAGAAGCUGGUGUGAAUUGUCUCCGGGAAAUCGCGGCCAAGAAAAUAUUCCCGGCAUCAAUUCGUCUGAUGGACAACAACCAAUUCGUGUUCGCACAUGCGAUUAAGCCGCAAAUGGGUUCAUUGAAGAAGAUGAUGGAUUCGCUCAAGAAGACCUACUUGGCCUACUUCAAGGGAUUCGAUCUUUCGGAAAUGGCGGUGGCGACUCUGCUCUUUGAGGGCGAGUGUCCUGAGACAGUGAAGCUCCAGGAAAGGAAGGUGCUGGAAAUUGCGGCCAAACAUGGCGGACUACCGGGUGGUGAAGAAAAUGGGAAGAGAGGAUACCUGCUCACCUUCGUCAUUGCUUACAUUCGGGAUGCGGGGUUUGAUCUCGGGAUUCUGGCAGAAUCGUUUGAAACCUCAGUGCCAUGGGACAGAGUCAUGAUCGUUUACAACAACGUCAUUCAAAGGAUGAAGAGUGAAUGUUCCAAAAGAGGAAUCAAGACACCGAGCCUGAGUUGCAGAGUUACGCAAUCCUACGAAGCUGGUGCCGCCAUGUAUUUUUAUUUUGGAUUUGAAUACCGCAGCUUGAAUGUCGAAGAUCCCGUUGGACUGUACGAGGAAAUUGAGCAUAAUUUGCGAGAUGAAGUUAUGAGAUGCGGAGGCAGCAUUUCUCAUCAUCACGGCGUCGGGAAGCUGAGAAAGCAAUUCAUGGAGCGAAGUGUGUCAAAGCCUGGGGUUGAAUUGUUGCGGGGACUCAAGAAAGCAGUGGAUCCGAAAAAUAUCUUCGCUUCUGGAAACCUGAUUGAUUUCAACAACCCCGACACAACUGAUGAAAACCAUGAACUUAUGUCCAAGCUAUAACCAUAUCAUCAUAAAGAGACCCAUUACUAAAUGAAAUAUAUUCCUUACGAAGUGAAGACUGUAUGCAAAGCAUUUUCUGUUGCACAUUCUUCUUAUUGAAAACUGGAUACACUGUAUCAUCUGCUGGGCUAUUAAAAUAUCGUCUGUGGACUCCUUCACGGCUGAUCA